AUGCCAGCCUUUGCCACCUCAGGCAUAGCUUCCCCCUUCUCUCCGGCAGUCCAGCUAGUGGGACGGUUCUGGAAGGCCUCUUGCCCAGGCUCCUGCUCCAGCCCUCUCCUCGCUUUUGUCAAUUCCAAGAGUGGCGACAACCAGGGCGUCCGCUUCCUCCGCAAAUUCAAACAGUUCCUGAACCCAGCUCAGGUGUUUGACCUGAUGAAUGGGGGGCCUCACCUGGGGCUCCGUCUGUUCCAAAAGUUCUCCACCUUCCGGAUUCUAGUAUGUGGUGGAGAUGGCAGUGUGGGCUGGGUUCUCUCUGAAAUUGACACCCUCGGGUUACACAAACAGUGCCAACUUGGGGUCCUGCCCCUGGGAACUGGCAAUGACCUGGCCCGUGUGCUCGGCUGGGGCAGCCUGUGUGAUGAUGAUACUCAGCUCCUGCAGAUCCUGGAGAAGAUGGAGCGAGCCACCACCAAGAUGCUGGACAGAUGGAGCGUCAUGACCUGGGAGGCCCCCGGAGGAGUGCUCACACGCAGGGCUGGCCAGUGUACCCCGGUGAGCAACAGAACCGAUAUGUUGAUCCGGGAGCUGGAGAUGGAGCCGCAGGCUGCUGUGGGCUACCUGGAGAACACCCCGUUGGCUGCUCCAUCUGCAGAAGAGGAGGGCGAUGACGAUGACUUCGAAGGGGGAGCUGUGGGUGGUGCCCCCGCGGAGGUGUGCCAGCCCUCCAGCCUGGUGCCCCCGGCCUUCAGGUCCAAGGAUCAGAUGUUACUGAGAGCUAACAGCCUGAAGAAGGCCCUGAAGCAGAUUAUUGAGCAGGCAGAACAAGAAUCCCGCCGUGACACCGUGUCCUCCACCACGUCGUCUGUCUUUCUGGACCAACCAGAUGACUCGAGCUCAAGCAACUUUGCUGAGGAACCCGUCACCAUGCCCCGGCGCUCUGAGCUCAUCCUGGUGGCUGCCGUUAAGCCGUUCUUCCUCCACCUCUAUGGAGUGCACGUGUGGCCUGACCCUGCUAGGCCCCGCGGCGAUGGUCCCGCUCGCUUGACAGGCACACUCAGCUCCCUCCUUUCCUCCUCGUCUGCUGACUUUAGCCAAUUCUCGGAAAAGUGCGUCAUGAACAACUACUUUGGCAUUGGGCUGGAUGCGAAGAUCUCUCUGGAAUUCAACAACAAGAGGGACGAACACCCCAAGAAGUGCAGCAGCCGCACCAAGAAUAUGAUGUGGUACGGGGUGCUGGGAACCAAAGAACUUUUGCAGCGUACCUAUAAGAACCUGGAGCAGCGAGUUCAACUUGAGUGUGAUGGGGAAAUCAUGGCCUUGCCUAGUCUGCAGGGAAUUGCUAUUCUCAACAUCCCCAGCUAUGCAGGAGGCAUCAACUUCUGGGGCGGCACCAAGGAAGAUAACAAUUUUGGAGCACCUUCCUUUGAUGACAAGAAACUGGAGGUGGUGGCAGUGUUUGGCAGCAUCCAGAUGGCCGUGUCCCGAGUUAUCAACCUUCAACAUCACCGCAUUGCUCAGUGCCGUGUGGUCAAGAUCACCAUCUGUGGUGAUGAGGGGGUCCCUGUGCAAGUGGAUGGAGAGGCCUGGAUCCAGCCCCCGGGGAUUAUCAAGAUUCAGCACAAGAACCGAGCCCAGAUGCUGACCAGAGACCGGGCCUUUGAGAGCACCCUCAAGUCAUGGGAAGAUAAGCAGAAGGGAGAAAGCUACAGAUCAGCCCGACCCCGGCUCAACUCUCAACAGUCCAUGGAAUAUCUCACUGAGGAGGAAUAUAGGCUGUUGCAGCGCUUUGCCCGCUCUGCCGACAUCCUCAUCACCAGGAUCCGAGAGGUGGCCAAGAUCCACAAGGCCAUAGAGCAGGAGCUGGCCCACUCUGUGAACAGCUGUGCCUCUUCCCUGACGGAAGUACUGCCCAGCAAGCGCAGUGGCAGCAGCCCUGAGAGCCUGAGCAGAAACUCAGCCGUGGAAGUUUCGAUUAGCGUGAAAGCCUUGUACAACGAAGCCAGAGCGUAUGUGGAAGGGAAGCUGGUGAGUCAGUUGGACAGCCCUCGGCGGGAGGAGGGGCUGCAGGUUGCCCUAGCCAAUGUCAGCCAGGAGCUGGAGAAGGUGUCCGAAAUCCACUGGCUGGCACCCAUCCUCAGUGCUGUCACUGAAGAGCCCAGCUGCUCCUCCCAAGCUCCCCGCACCUUCACCCCAGCCCUGGCCUUUGAUCUCAUUCAGGAGGCCCGGAUGGGGCCGGCUCUGGAGGUGCUGCACAUGGCCGUGGGCACAUCAAAGACACGAGAUGAUUUUUGGGAACUGCGUCACAAAGUUACAGAACAGUCACAUUUUGUUCAUUGA